AUGAAGCUCUCUUCAUACCUCGCGGCCGCAGCCGCGGUCAUGUCUGGUGUCCAUGCUUCUCCGCACCCCGCAUCUGAGCAGCAGCUCCUAGGCGAACCAGCAUCAUCCUUCUGGCCUAGAUACAGCCAAGCAGAGCUAUAUGGAAAAAUCAGCGAUUCCUUUCUACUAGCAUUCCACCAAGACCUGGUCCGUAGAGAGUCAAUCUCCGGCAACGAGCACGAUAUCGGUAUCUUCCUCGCGGACUUCCUGGAGGCCUGCAGCUUCACCGUGAUAAAGCAAGAAGUACCCGCAGUAAAAGGCAAAGAGCACCUCAACCCCCGCUACAACAUCUACGCCGUUACGAAACCACACACGAAAUCAGACACAGAACCCUCAAUCCUCAUCACAAGCCAUAUCGACACAGUCCCGCCCUUCAUCCCAUACUCCAUUCGCCAGCCCGUCCCAGACGGCUCCCCAAACUUUGACCCGGAGAACUUCAUCAUUGGAGGUCGCGGCUCCGUUGAUGCAAAGGCCAGCGUCGCAGCACAGAUCAUCGCGACUAUCGAAGCACGGAACGAGAACCCAGAUGCUAGACUCGGGCUUCUCUUCGUCGUCGGCGAGGAAAUCGGCGGCGACGGAAUGAAAGUCUUCUCGGACUCGGUACUCAACCCCAAAGACACCCUCAACACCGUUAUCUUCGGUGAACCAACCGAGGCAGCCCUCGUCGCCGGACACAAGGGCAUGGUCGGCUUCAAGGUCCUCGCUCACGGCAGCGCCGCGCACUCGGGAUACCCGUGGCUAGGCAAGAGCGCCGUCUCGGCGAUUCUGCCUGCACUGUCGCGCGUCGACGAGCUGGGUAAUAUCCCCGUUGAGAAGGGUGGUCUGCCUGCCUCGCCCAAGUACGGACCCACGACGCUAAAUAUCGGCGUUAUCCGUGCUGGCGUCGCGACGAAUGUUGUUCCUUCUGAGGCGUGGGCGGAUGUUGCUGUCAGACUUGCGGCUGGGACGCCUGCUGAGGCGCGGGAGAUCGUUCAGCGCGCUGUUGAGGAGGCGGUCAAGGAUGUCGAGGCGGAGGUUGUGGUGGACUUUGUUUCGCAUGGCGAGUCUUAUCCGCCGCAGGAUUUGGAUGUUGAUGUUGAUGGGUUUGAUGUUAUUACUGUUAACUACGGUACGGAUGUGCCCAAUCUGGCUGUCCGUCCUGGUGUCAAGCGCUACUUGUAUGGACCUGGCAGUAUUUUUGUUGCUCAUGGUGACAAUGAGGCCUUGACCGUCCGCCAGCUUCAGGAGGCUGUGGUUGGUUACAAAAAGCUGAUUGUGACUGCGCUGGAGAGAGAGAGAAAGGGUGAGGUGGCUGUAUGA